GCAAAGCAGCUCUUCUCCUCAGUGUGGUGUUAGCUUCACGUAGCCACGCUUUGCUCUUUGACUUUGUCUAUCUUAUGUUUGGAAAUAGUAUCGUAAAACAGGCAUAAUAAUAACAAUAAGGCGUGUGAAACAACCGAAUACACUUCCUCUGAUUCACACCCUAACUAAGCGAUGACGGGCUCAAAUGAGUACAAGCUGCACCAGGGACCAGAGGACAGCAUCUCUGCUGUCAAGUUCAGCUCCAGUACAACUCAGUUCCUGCUGGUCUCCUCAUGGGACUGCACUGUCCGGCUUUAUGAUGUGGGAAGCAACACCAUGCGGAUGAAGUACCAGCACACAGCUCCAGUUCUUGACUGUGCUUUUUAUGACCCAACACAUUCCUGGAGUGGAGGAUUAGAUGCACAAUUAAAAACUCAUGACCUAAACACAGACCAAGAUACAAUUGUUGGAACACAUGAUGCUCCUAUUCGCUGUGUGGAGUACUGUCCAGAGGUUAACGUCAUGGUCACGGGAAGCUGGGACAGAUCAGUUCGGCUGUGGGACCCAAGGACGCCUUGCAAUGCUGGUACCUUUACUCAGCCUGAAAAGGUGUAUACGUUGUCGGUGGCUGGAGACAGACUAAUUGUUGGCACAGCUGGAAGAAGAGUCUUGGUGUGGGAUUUGAGGAACAUGGGCUAUGUACAGCAAAGGAGAGAGUCCAGUCUCAAGUAUCAGACUCGCUGCAUUAGAGCUUUCCCCAACAAACAGGGCUACGUCUUGAGUUCAAUCGAGGGACGUGUCGCUGUGGAGUACCUGGACCCAAGUCAGGAGGUUCAGAAGAAGAAGUACGCCUUCAAAUGCCACAGACUGAAAGAGGAAGGAAUCGAGCAUGUUUACCCUGUUAAUGCAAUCUCGUUUCACAGCAUACAUAACACCUUUGCCACAGGUGGCUCUGAUGGCUUUGUGAACAUCUGGGACCCAUUCAACAAGAAGCGUCUGUGUCAGUUCCACCGCUACCCGACCAGCAUCGCGUCACUUGCCUUCAGCAACGAUGGUACCAUGCUCGCCAUCGCCUCGUCCUACAUACAAGAAAAAGGUGACAUCAGCCACCCGGAGGACGCAAUCUUCAUCCGCCAAGUCACAGACGCCGAGACCAAGCCCAAAUCAACCUAAUUUUACCUUGGAAUGGUUCCCUGUGUGUAUAAUGAAGCCUUUAUCACAUUCGGGUUAUCUGCUGGCAUCCAGUGUACAUUUAUAUACAUUUGUCUCCUGCCGUUUCUUACUAUUCCGAAACAUGUUUGUCUCUCUUUGCAAGUAAUGUUUGUAAAACUCUUUCUUUCUUGGUUCUUUUUCAAUAUUUAAUUGUUUCAUGUAUGUUCUGUCAACUAAAGUAUCCCCUUUAUAUAAACUUUUUUGACAUCUAUUGCAAGGGCAUUUUGAUUUCCUGACGUUUUUUGCUCUUAAGCUUGACUAACACUUUUAUACGUGACGCUGAACUGUUCUUGAAUCAGUCGUUUAUUGCUUUGAGUAUAAUAAUAAAACAAAAAUGGACCCAACAGCA